CAUCUUUGUAUUAACAGAGUACGUAUGCGCUACAUCUACACCCUAUACUUAUGGAGGUAAUCGCACAACUUACCCAAAUGGUUCAACUCGCAAUGACUCGGCUAUUUCAAACCCCGAUUUUAAAACAACUGGCUCGGGCCAUGUUAAUAUUCGUGCAAUGCCAACCCAGUCUGCUCCAUCUGCAUCAUCUCUCCAGCUUCAAGCGUCAUGGGCAAAACUUAACAACAUAACCAUUUCAUACUCAUCCUACCCAAAUCUCCCAAAAACUAAUAAUGAUGCUGCUGGAGCAAUCUUGGAUGCGUGUCGUGAUUUAAAUCAAACCCAUGACACCUUUGAUUUGGUAUGGAUCAGCGUCGAUAUGAUUGGUGAUGUUUCCGACUGUUUUAUUGAUCUGUGGGCUUGGGAUGACGGGUUUGGUCAAAAUUUACAAAAAGAUUUACUUGAUGCUGGAGUAGUCUCGGACCGUCUAGUCGCUAUUCCAGCAGGCAAGCAGUCUCAUAUCAAGUCAUUUUAUGUAGAUAUUCAAACCACAAUGCUGAUGUACAACAAAAACUACUUGAGCGUUCACGGCUACUAUACACCUCCCACAUCCAUACAAGAUAUGGAAUUCAUGCUGCAAGACAUUCUUCAAAACGAGCGUGCCGUUGAAAAUUAUAAACUAAGUGGGUAUACUUCCUCAUUUCAAGAUCCACAGUCGUGGCCAAUACUCGUUUCUGAAUGGAUCGCAUGUUCUAAUGCAAGCAUCAUCACUCCAGAUGGAAACGUUACAAUCGCCGAUAGUGAUUUUGCCCUACUUCUCACCCACAUUUCCACAUGGGUCAAUACGGGAAUUAUUGAUUUAAACGAUAUUGAUACAUUUGGGCAGAGUGAAGCUCUAUCGAGAUUUGUACAAGGACAAGCCGUAUUUCUUCAUACCACAUCAAACGAUCUUGCGGCCGUGUUGGGCAGAAAUGGUAACAGUGCAGUCAUAUUUGAUGUUGGAGUCAUUGGGAUGCCAGCUUUGAAUGGCAUUGGAAGUGGAAUAGGUGGAUCAGAUACGUUUGGGGUAGUGGAUGGAUACGCUUUGGCUGUGUACCGAUACUCUAAAAACAUUGAUGCAGCUCUAAAAGUACUAGAAUAUUUAGUUUCUGAUGUGUAUGAAAAAUCUGAAUUUACAAGUCCAGAUGAGCAAGGUGAUUUCGAUUUUCCCAUCAAUCGACAUCUACUUCAAGACCCAGUUAUAGCCACACACCUUACCGAUCCAAUCACCAAUCUCUAUCAAAACAUAACUCUUACAAAUCGUCCAGCGACCAUGGUAGGCUCUCAUUACAACAAUAUUUCGCUUCUUAUCACUGCCACCAUGACCAAUAUUUUUCACGGAGUUUCAGAUAUUCGUACACUGCUUGACGAGCUUGAUACGAAACUUCUUAAAGAGCUUGGAAAGAAGCCAAGGAAUACUUUGACGGAUGUGGACAAUGCACCACCACCUGUGAUUACACUUCCUGGGAGAAAACAGAUUCAGUAUAUGGGUGUGCAAGUUGCACUUUUGUUUAUUGUGAUCGGGAUAACGGUUGGAGUUAUAUUGUGUAGAAGAUACUUUGAGCUUUAUCCACACAUGUUUGAUUUGGAUCGUCGUGGUGGUUCAGGAAACUCAGCAACAGGUGUAAAAGAUGACUGGAUGAGCGCGGCAAAGCAUAUUUUUACUACCAAACCUCGGAUCAACACUGCUUCAACGAAACAAUGGAAUUUGAAUACACCUUCCGACAAUACACAUUUCUCAACGCCAUCAAAGUCGAUUGCCGUUGUUGAUGAAACACGUGAUAGCAGGCAGGGAAGUUUGACUAGCCACCCAUCCAAGCUUACAACUCCCAAUGGGCCUCAAGUAUCGGAAAAAACCAGACUUGUAGGCUCAGAAAAAGAUUACCAUGAAAGCCACUCCAGUGGCAGCUUAGAAAAUGUUGAUCUUGACUAUAAUCUAGAAUCCGUCCGCUUGGUCCAGUGAAGCUCGGCACUCUUGAAAUAAUUAUCUCGCAAUAUAUUCACUUGCUC